UCAUCUGAACAGCAUCAUUUCCGGAAAUAGUGAGUAGUUGUUAAAGAAUGUACAAAGUAGAUUUUAACUUUGUUCACUCAUGUUCAGGUGCGGCACCUUUGACUCAAACGCGUAGCCAACAAUCCGGAUAUUCAGCAGAUUCAGAACUCUCGCCUCACCGAACAUCAUCGAGCAACCAGCAGAAACGAUCGGUACUUGGCUUACACCCUUAAGCACCUGUUGACGGGG